AUGAUUGCGAAUGAUGUGGUAAGGAUGUGUGCAGAAUUCUUUGAAAAACAACUUCCAAAGGCGGGGAAACCACUCAAUGGGCGGGAAUGGACAGUGUUGUGUGCAAUUGUAAAGGAAGAAGGAGGAGAGCUAGAGGUGGUGGCCAUGGGGACGGGUACAAAGUGCAUUGGGGCUGAUCUUAUGUGUGAAUCAGGGGAUAUUGUCAAUGACAGUCAUGCGGAAAUUGUGACGAGAAGGGCUUUCUUGCGCUAUCUCAUGGAACAAAUGACCUUUGCACGACAACUGAAGGCUAGCAUCUUUGAAUUUACUCCUCAUGGCGAGAAGAAAUUUAUCUUGAGGACUGGCUGUAAAUUUCAUUUCUUCACCACACAUUCACCCUGUGGGGAUGCGAGUAUUUUUCCGGGAAUUCCCACAGACGAUGAGGAUUCACAGCCACCGGCAAAAAGGCCAAAGGCACAGCUAGAGUGUCAAGAAGGAGGUUUCACGGGUGGAAAAUUAAUUGGACAAGCAGUGGGGGGAGAUCUCAUGGAACAGACAGUGGGAUGCGUGAGGAGGAAGCCAGGCCGUGGUGUGGCAACACUCUCAGCCUCGUGCAGCGAUAAGAUGGCCAGAUGGUGUGUCCUGGGGGUACAGGGGGGACUUUUGAUGAAUGUCCUUGCAGCUCCAGUUUAUCUUGACACACUUAUUUAUCCUCGGGACGCGAUUUGUGACAAAAAAGCCACGGAACGUGCGCUCUGGAGGCGUUUCACAAAUCAUCCAGACAUCCCAUCGGACACCUACAACCUCCAUUGUCCGGAAAUUCUCAUAGCAACCGAGGAAGUUGUGUUUCCUUUUGAGAGGCACCCACACCCAACAGCCCAAAAUGAUGAGUGGCAACCAUCCCCGGGAAGCAUUGUGUAUUGUCGUGUUGGGGAACGUUCACAUGAGGUGGCGAUUGCCGGAAAACGCCAAGGUGUCACGAAGAAGAAGGCAAAAACACCCGCCGCGAGGCUAUUAAUUGCCAAGAAAGCCCUCUUCAUUCACUACAUGACCAUCUUUCCCCAGCCAAAUUCACCGCAGCACCGAGAUUUAUCGUAUCAGGAAGCUAAAAACAAGGACUAUAGAAUACUAGGGCAGUGGCUAAAGCAGCACUAUUUCAGCGUGUGGCCCACAAAGAGUGAGAAAUACCUGAAAUUCACGUGCACAAAUUAAUUUAGCACGUGGUUUCUGGGCAAUCUCAACUUGUGGCUCCCAGAAUGGAGCACAAGGUGUGAAUUAAUGUGGCCGGAAAAAUAGAUAAAUUCGCCUCAAAGUGCUUAUGCGGCACACCGGAAAUUCCUCUCUGGAACUUUUUGUAAAAGUGAUGAAAUUAAAUGUUUAAAAUGUUAAUAUGCUACACAAUUUACAAUUUUAAGCUGUUUUGUGAAUAAAAUGAAGUUUUACAGCAAAAA